GAGAAACUCCCAGGCUACGUAGCAAGGCUGAGAGUUGCCCCGCAAAAAAAAAAAAACUGUCUGUCAGCCUCGCGAAUCGCUGAAAAGUCAAAGAAAACUUCAUCCCGAGUAUCGACCGUUACCCACCGCGCUUCAGACCCGCCAACCAGCAACACUUUUUGGGACACGAACUCAGGACAAAGAGACUUUGCUAAAAAAAUCAUGGCAGGUGUCACUGAAAAGGCGAGAUUCUAUCUCGAGCGCGCGGUGCCGCAGCUGCGAGAAUGGGAGGAAAAGGACAUCUUUUCCAAGGAUGAGAUCCGCACCAUCGUCCAGAAACGCAACGAUUUCGAGCACAAGGUCCUCUCGCCGGGGAACAAGCCCUUCGACUGGUCUGCCUAUGCGAAAUGGGAGCAGUCGCUCGAGUCUCUCCGCAGCAAACGCUGCAAGCGCCUCAAGAUCCGCCACCUCAACUCUGCCCACGCCGGGCAGGGCCGCACCCUCGCCAUAUUCGAACGAGGUGUCAGCCGACACCAGGGGAGCGGCGAGCUCUGGAGGGAAUACUUGGCGUAUGCCGCCAGCGUCAAGGCCGCGAAGCGCUGGCGCCGCACCAUGACCAACGCCCUGCGCAUGAUGCCCACCGACCCCGAGCUGUGGGUCAUGGCCGGUCGACGGUCGGCGCGGAACGGAGACAUGGCUGCCGCCCGAGGCUUCUUCAUGCGAGGAUGCCGCUUCUGCACGACGGAUGGCACGCUGUGGCUGGAGUAUGCGCGGUGCGAGAUGGAAUGGCUGGAGAAGGUGGAUAAGAGGAAGGAGGCCAAGAAUGGCGGUGAUGCGCUCCGCCCGGACCGAGUUGAGGAUGACGAUGAGCUUCGAAUUGUCGACAGCGAUGAUGAGGAUGAGGAUGGCACAAUGCUUCCCGAACCCUCCUUCACGCAGGCCAAGGUCAUCGACAAAACUUCGGUCAAGAAACUCGAGUCCAACCCUGCCAUGGACGGUGCCAUUCCGAUGGCCAUUUUUGACAUAUCGAAAAAGCAAACAUUCUUCAAUGCCGAAGUUGCAGAGGCCUUCUUCAACAUGUUCGCAUCAUUCACCAAGGUCUCCGUCCAGCCGAGGAUAUCGCAGCACGUCCUGGAUGCACUGGACCAGGCGUAUCCCAACCACCCAUCCACCUGCAACGCUCAUAUUCGCCAGCCCGUCAUUGGAGUCAGCCCUGUCACCGCCGAAUUCCCCAAGAACCUCAGAGAGGUGCUGGCGCGUCUGAACAAGUACCUGGAAGCCACGACCAACCGGGCAGAGCUACAGAAGAAGACUGUGACGUGGAUUGAUGGAUACCUGGCGUUGGAGAACUUGGAUGAUGGUAUUCGGGCAGUGCUGGAGCAUACCAAGAACAAAAUGGGGUCCACGUAGGAGCCCGGUGACUGCAGCGUGGAUUGAUGGGUGUCUGGCGUUGGAGAACAUGGAUGAAGACAUUCAAGCGUUGCUGAAGCAUACCAAGAAUAAAAUGGCGGCCGCGAAGGCGACUGGAGACUGGAGUAGAGAAGUUCAAAUGAUUACUCCCUAAUGCAAAUCAACGCAAGCCAUCCCUGGCCCCUGAAGUUUAUAGUGGUCCGUGGUCCGUGGUUCAAUCCGAUCCGAAACGUGGGAUGGUAAAAUGCAGGUAAACUUCACCACUGAUGUGAACCCCAUGUGGUGGUGGAACUGUGGAUAUUGGACUGGGAUCAUCCUAUUUGUAUCGAAUACGUGGAUUUGUGAUAUUGAUUAGAGCUUGCGCAC